UUCAAAAAUCCGGAAAAUCUACUCGAUUUAAAAUGACAGAAAUUUUGGGUUUGCGUCGUCAAUCGACAGGAAAUGAAGUAAUUAAUUCAAUUAAAAUAAAGAAUAAUAAUUAUCGUUCAUUCACUCAAAGUGCCCAUCAAUCCAUAGAAAUGUGUGAACAAUUCAAUUCCUUCAAAGAAGAGAAUAAAAUAAUUAAAAAUAAUAAAAAUACUUCCUCACUUCCACAGAUUGAAAUAAAUGGAGUUAAUUCGGAAAAGGAAAUUAAUGAUGAGAAAAAAAAUAAUUCUGAUAUUCAACAAAAUACAGAAAUUAAUUUGGAAAUUAAUUCUUUAAAGAAUCAGAAAGGAGGAGAAAGUGAAUAUUCCUCAGCAAUCCCUUUAUAUUUUAAACAUAAAGCCCAAAAAGUUGAUUCACGCAAAAUAGCUGCCAAAAAGCGUCUUGAAAGGGGUCAAACAACUAGCGGUUCUGAUAAUUCUUCACAAAAUGCCAAAAAAUCAUCAUUCUCAGAAAGAACACUUGCCAAAUCAUUAGAUAAUAAACACACAGACAAUAAUUUUUUAUUUGAUUUAAAACCUUUACAAUCAAAUAUAAAAUGUUCUCCCAAUCACCAUUCACAACAACGUUUGGGAAGUGUUGGGAAUGUUUUUGGAUUAAUUAAUUUAAAUAAUCGUUUAUUUUCUUCGAAUAUUGAAAUUAAUAUUUUAAAUUUUGAGCAAUCAGAAAUAAUACAAAAAACUUGGUUAUUGGCUAAUGAAAAAAUUAGACUUUUUGCUGGGCCGGAUAGAAGCUUUGCUUUUUUUACAUUUGACAGAAUAUUUGAAAGAGCUCCUGAAUUAAAAUCUCUUUUUGGAAUAUCCCCAAAUAUUUCAAUUUUUGAACUGGAUGAAAAUCAAUGGGAUCAACAUCCAUUUUCUAGACAUGUUCGGAUAUUUAACAAUAUAUUAGAUUUAUCUGUUAGAAAUUCUGCCGAAUUGGAAAAAGAAAUGUUUGUUUUUAAAUAUGUAUUAGUGAUAAAAAAAUUUUAA